ACGCGCUUUCUGUCAUUUUCCGUGCCUGCGCUGAUCGUUAAUCCGUAUUACAACCACGUCUCAUUUGUUUUCCGUUGUUCGUUGCGGCGUUCACUUUAUCAACGCCGUCAGCGUUUAAUUCACACUAUUAGCGUUAGUGAAGCACACAGUAAUAUUUUAUAAUGGAUCCUAAUCCUAUAAGACCUAUGAGAGGAAAAGCUCGUGGACGUCCUCAAUUGCCAAAUGUAGGAUCUAAUCAACAAGGUUCUAUUCCACCACGGCCUCAAUUCACUCAACCUCGACCAACCCAAAUAAGUGCCCAACCUAUUCAACAACCUACGCAGCCAGGUAUGAAUCGGCCACCUCGUCCAAUGCCACCUCGACCUAGUGGCAUGUUGCUUCAACGAGCUCCUAGACCAUCAUCAGGUCCCAGACCAAGUAGUGGUGUAGUUUCAGCUUCUAAAAUCGACCCACCUAUUGAACAAGUUACAGAAGGACUUCAAAGUUUGACAGCUACAGGAGAUGGACUUGUACCAAUUGGUCGUGGAGCUGUUCGUGGUAGAAGACAAAUUGAUACUGAUCAUUUUAGGUCACCUAGACCAUUAUCUUCUAUGGGUGCUACUGGAAAACAAGGAAUCUCUGGUCAACCUGUUCAAUUGCUGUCCAAUUAUUUUCCUAUUACAUCGUAUACAAAUUGGUGUUUAUAUCAGUACAGAGUUGAUUUUAAUCCUGAAGAAGAUAGAAUUGGAACUAAAAGAGGACUCUUAGCUCAACAUCGAGAACGGCUUGGUGGAUAUUUAUUUGAUGGAACUAUGUUAUUUUCAGGCACUAGAUUUGAUCCAGAAACUUUUGAUUUGGUUUCCAUACGUCGUUCUGAUGAUUUGAAGGUUGUACUAACUGUUAAAUUUACUUCUGUUAUUGAAACUGGAGAUUAUGCCAAUAUACAAGUUUUUAAUUUACUACUACGAAAUUGUUUGAGACAUCUUGAUCUUAAAUUAAUUGGUAGAAAUUUCUAUGAUGCAAAUGCUAAGAUUAAUAUUCCACAACAUAAACUUCAACUUUGGCCGGGUUAUGAAACAUCCAUCGGAAAGUAUGAAAAUAGUAUUUUGCUAUGUGCUGAAAUAUCCACCAAAGUUAUGCGUCAAGAGACCGUACUAGAUUUUUUAAAUCAAUGCUAUAAUGAUAAUAGAAAUAGAUCUGGAUCAAACUGGAAUGACAUAUUUAAAAGUGGUGUAGUUGGUACAACUAUUAUGACACUUUAUAAUAAUGAAACCUAUCGAAUUGAUGAUGUUGAUGAUGCAUCUACUCCAAGUUCUGAAUUUUCAAAAAAAGAUGGUACAAAAAUGACAUAUAUACAGUACUAUAAAGAGAAAUGGGGUGUUACGAUUCGUGUUAACAAACAGCCUAUGUUAAUAUCUAAGAAUAAAAAGUCUUCUAGACGAUUUGGAGAUGAAACACUAGUGUAUCUGGUUCCAGAAUUAUGUGUGAUGACUGGUAUUACUGACGCAAUGAGAAACAAUUUUACACUUAUGAAAGAUAUGGCAAUACACACGCGUGUAAAUCCUGAUCAAAGAAUUAAAAGACUGACAGAUUUUGCUAAUCGUCUACUUAAAUCAUCAGAGUCCAUGGCUGAAUUAAAAAGGUGGAAUUUGACAUUAAGUAAUAAACUCGUUGAUGUCCCUGGGCGUGUUUUACCAAUUGAACAACUUAGAAGUAACUCUAAAGCAUAUGACGCUGGUAUUGAAGCAGACUGGACAAAACAUUUACGAGCUUUGCCAAUGUAUACUUGUGCUAGUAUGAAAAGUUGGGUUAUUGUAACCCCUCAGGAUAAUGUAAGGGAUGUACAAGCAUUUGCUCAAAGUCUACACAAGGCUGCUCAAGGAAUGUCAUUUUCACUACCACAACCAAUUAUAUCCACAAUGAAAGAUGGUCGAGGAUUUUCAUUUGUAAAUACCAUUGAGGACGUAAUUAAUUCAAAAAAUCCCAAUUUGAUUUUAUGUGUUAUUCCUUCUGCACGUGGUGAUAUUUACAGUUUAAUUAAAAGGAAGUUGUGCAUUGAUAGAGCUGUGCCAUCACAAGUAGUGUUGUUGAAGAAUGUACAAAAGAACAACUUAUCGGUUUGUACAAAAAUUGCCAUACAACUGAACUGUAAAAUUGGAGGUGCUCCAUGGCUAGUUCCCAUUCCUAAAAAAGGUAUGAUGAUUGUUGGAUUUGAUGUUUGCCAUGAUAGUCAACGUAAGAAUGUGUCUUAUGGGGCAUUGGUAGCUACUAUGAAUGAUGCGCACACUAGUUAUUUUAGUUGUGUUGAACCACAUGAAAGUGGUGAAGAAUUGUCUAAUCACUUUGCAUCUGGAAUAGCUAAGGCUUUAACAAAAUACAGAAGUAAAAAUGGAUCAUAUCCGACUUCUAUUGUUAUUUAUAGAGAUGGAGUAGGAGAAGGGCAAAUAUCUCAUGUUCAUAAGACUGAAGUAAAAUUAUUGAAGACUGCUUGUGAACAAUUUUAUGGUCCCACUUCUGUUCCCUUGGCAUUUGUUAUUGUUACAAAACGUAUAAGUACCAGAUUUUUUGCUAAUUGCAAACAAAGUCCUCAAAAUCCUCAACCUGGAACUGUUAUUGAUAGUGUUGUUACAGAUCCAACCAAAUACGAUUUCUAUUUAGUAUCCCAACAUGUUAGACAAGGUACUGUUACACCAACCCAUUAUCAUGUUAUUGAAGAUACCCUUAAACUCCCACCUGAUAUUAUGCAACGACUUACGUACAAAUUGACACAUAUGUACUACAAUUGGUCUGGUACUGUACGCGUUCCUGCUCCUUGCCAGCUGGCACACAAACUUGCUUUUCUUACUGGUCAAACUCUCCGUAAUCCUCCUAAUACUGGUUUGGAUGAAUUACUGUACUACUUGUAAUUUUGUAAUAGUAUUUAAUAACUUCAUUUUUAAAACAUAAAGUUUUAUUUUUUUUUUUCUUCA